AUGGAUGUUGAUCAUCUACCAGAGUGGAUCUGGACCUCGGUUCAGCAGCCUGAAGUGACCCAAACCUGCCCGUGUGGUUCAGACGGUCGUCCAGGCCAUCUGGACGUCCGGGAAGCUGAACUGCUUCCACUGUGGGGCUCGGCUGGGCGGCUUCAGCUUCCUGAACCGGUACCGCGCCCCUGCGGCCGCGACGCCACCGUCCACUUCAGCCGCAGCCGCGUGGAUCUGGACCAGAAGCCCCGCCUCCUCAUCGUCCCGCCGCACAGGCCGGGCCGUGGGUCGGCGCAGGCCCAGCAGGAGGAGCCGGUCUGUGCUCCGGACCCGGUCUGUGCUCCGGACCCGGUCUGUGCCGGCGGGACCCCACAGCACGGUGCCGCCGGAGACAUGGACGCGCCGCAGCUGGACCCGUCUGUCCGGAGAACAACAGAACUUAAGGCUGAAGCGGAUCAUGAGGUUUGGAGCGACGCCGUCCCCUGGGAGUCUGGCGCUCCAGCAGGAUUAGCAUCGUUAGCAUCGCCGUCUGCAGCGCCGCAGGAAUCAGAUGAAGAUUGUUUCACCUCUGAGGGAGAAGCAGAGCAGCAGGAGGAAGUGGUGUCGUCCGCUCAGGGCCCCGGGGUUCUGAGCUCCUUGGCCCGGACCAGACUGAGCAAAACGGACCAGAACCGACUGAAGAGUCGGAGGAGGAAGCAGAGGAGGAGAGAGAGAUGGCUGCAGAGUCAGCUGCAGGAGGAAGAGGAGGACGAGCCGGCCCAGUCGUCCCCAGCCUGUCCUCCGGCCUGUCCUCCGGCCUGUGAGGACGCGGACCGGGACGGUCUGACCUGCGCCGUGUGUCUGGACGUGUUCUUCCGGCCUCGCAGCUGCCUGCCCUGCGCUCACGUGUUCUGUGAGCCGUGUCUCCGGCGCCUGGCCCGGAACCGCGCCGCCCACACGCCGUGCCCGCUCUGCCGCCGCCUCAUCUGCAACACCGGCUUCCACAGAGAGCUGGACCACCGGGCCAGGACUCUGUUCCCCAAGGUCUGGGCCACACGCAGGCAGAACUUCCAGAACUCGCUGAGCGCUCGCUGGCCGCUGCCCAGCUCCCGGGAGCAAACACGCUUCGUAUGCUGUCAUGGGCGAAGCGCGGAGGCCGCGUGGCGACGCUGGCGUCUAACUCCACGACCCUUUGACCCGGGCGUGCCGGGCCUUCCUCAGCUGCCCUUCGCCACGCUCAUCAUCCUCUUCAUCGUGUCCUUCGCGCUGCUCCUCUACCUCGCCGGCUUCUUCUUCACAUUAUUCUCAUGAGUUUCUGCACAUGGUCUCGUUUUAAUCCGAUGAACUUCAGAGACUCUUUAAAUCCUGCAGAACCUCAGAAACGGUUCCAACUGCUUGCCAAAUAAAUUUCUUGACUU